AAUCAACCUCAAAGCUAUUCUCACAUUUCGCUUGGAAGUCGCACCGUUAACAAGCUCCGGGAAUGGGAUCUUCAGUGAGUGCAAAGAAAAUCUUUCUGUUCUUCCGAGUUUACGCGCUCCAAAGACUACUUUUUAAACUCCGAGGGUAGUUGGCUGUGGGUAUAGCAAGACUGGCGAGGCUCGCGGAAAGAAGCCAUAGAAUGACAGAUGGGUUGAGGUUUGGAAUUUGUAUUUCAGCCUGUCCUAUCCACAUCAUCUAUUAAUUCAGAAUAUUGCUGCAGUUUUGAAUGCUCUACUUGAUCAACGUCAACAUCGUGACCGGCAACAGAGUUAAGUGUACCCGUGCGUAAAAUCAGUGUCCUUGCAUAUACAACUUACAACUUAAAAAUAGCAUACAAUUUGUAAACGUGGAACCGUUUUAGGCAUCAAUUGAAUUCACCAACUAGUGUCUUAGUAUUAUCAAACAUGGCAAAGUGGUUCAGGGAUUUCCCUAUCAACCUGAGGAACGGGACCGAACGUGUGCGCUCCGCCUCUGAAUCAGGUCCCCAAACACGAGCCAAACCCGGGAUAACCCGCGACAGCCUGAAGGGAAACCAGCGUAAGGAUGGCUCCGGAGGAGUCGGUUUUUUAUUGUCAGGGAGAACUAGAAAAAACUCGGCGUUUGAACUGGGUCGUAGCGGCACAUGCAACAGCGGGACAGUCUGGGACAAUCUCAUCCCCGGUAAGAACCGCAAGAGUUCCAAGAUCGAGACGGGAGUACCAGAUGAGAAUCGACCGCUGAGGACGUCCAGUUUGGCGCACGCGUACAUCAGCAGGAUGAUUAAAGUGGACAAGCAGGACAAGCCCCUCGCCGUUAGCGGCUCAGAUCAACAGGAAAUGCCUGAGAACGAGAGGGAUAGAACCGAAAUCAAGACAGCAACGCUGAUCAUCCAGAACUACGCAGACCCGUACGACGCAGAGCAGACGCGCGAGCAGAGGGAGGCGGAGAGAGCGGGAGAGGACGAUGGAUACAUGGAGCCUUACGAUGCCCAGGUCAUCAUCACAGAGGUUCGUAGGCGCGGCUCCAAGGACCUGCUGAAGGUGUGUGUGCUCCUGGACCGAGGCCAGGGGGAGGGGCGGAGCCCCGCGCCUCCUAACAUCUACGACACGCCCUACGAGGGGGGGCCGGAGGGCGACGCCGGGGGGGUGUGGAUCCCUGUCACGCGGCCCGAGUCCGACGCCCGCCCCACUGGGGAGUACGAGCUGCCCUGGGAGUGGAGGAAGGAGGACAUUGUCAGGGCCCUGUCAGCUCAGUUCGAGGGGGUGGACUGUUCCCCCAGUAAGGAAGACUCUGCUUUGCCUGGCCGCCUUCAGCUCCAACACAACCCCAAACAGAAGACCUGGAACCAGAAAACCCUCAUCUCUUCUUCCCUCUCGCCAUCCUCCCCCUCUCCCUUCUUCCCCUCCUCUCCCAUCCUUAAACUUUCUCCCCUGUCCUGUCCUCCCCCUUCCUUCCCCACCCUCAAACUCUCCCCUCCCUCCCCCUCUUCCACCAGCGCCAUCAAACUCUCCCCCCCUUCUCCCACCUCCCCCUGUCCCAUCCCCCCCUGUUCUGCGCUGGAGGUGGAGGCAGUCAGGGUGGACCGCACCCUUCCCCUGGAGAAACAGAGCUGGUACCAUGGCAGUGUGACUCGCCUGCAGGCAGAGUCUCAGCUGCAGCGCUGCAGGGACGCCAGCUUCCUAGUCCGGGACAGCGAAUCAGGGACCAGCAAGUACUCCAUCGCUCUGAAGACCAGCCAGUGCUGCGUGCACAUCAUUGUGGCCCAGACCAGGAGCAGCAAGGGGCAGGGCUUCACCCUGGACCAGAGCAGCUGUGUGUUCACCAGCAUCCCUGAAGUAGUGCAUCACUACUGCUCUCACAGGCUGCCCUUCACUGGGGCUGAACACAUGACUCUGCAGUAUCCUGUCCCAAGACCACACUGAACACACACACACACACACACUGAAGUGUCACACAUCGAGAAACACACAUAGCCCACAUAAAUCAAACAGAAGGCCAGACGGACACACACACACAUUUUUGUGAGUAAAUACCGGUAGAUAUCCAGUCUUGGGUUGAUUCUCUCCUGCAGUAUGACUGUACAGCUGAUUGUACACUGGCAACUUGUGACUCACAAAUGCACAACCUAGUGGUGAAACACCCACACUGCUCAGACCUGGACACACACUGCACAGCCUGUUUCCCUUCGUAAAGCAUGCAGUAAUGCAGACACACACACACACACACACACACACACACUGGCUGUAUUUAUAGUUCAGAGGAAAACAAUCCUACCAUUCACAGCUCUUUAGCUUUUCACAACUCACAUUGUUGUGUUCCGACACUCACUUCAACAGAUGUUACACACUACAGUGUGUUACACACCACCAUAGUUUUAGACACCGUGUGUUUUGUGAGCAGAGAAAUGGAGGUUCUACUGAGUCUACUGUCCUCACAGUCGCCUCUCGUCAACCCUAACCCUAACCCCAACCCUGUCCACCAUCCAGUCGUUCUACAUGUGUCGGAGAAAUUAAGAAUGUCAUGUUUUAUACUGAAUAACACUGAGGAGUGAAGAGACCAUCAGCCUGAAGGAUCUCUUAGUUAUGGACCAGAUUUGUCAGCAGCAGAUCUGCUAGUUAACCUGAUCACCACUGCUGGUUUGAGUGUUUUCAUUCAUCCAUUAGAGAUGUCAAUCAAUCUAUCGAUGUGUCCGGAAGAUCUGCCACUUUCCGUCAGCAGAAAGACUCUCUGAUUUAAGGGUUUGGCUAUAGUUAACAGAUUCAACUGUUUCAUCCAACAAACGUUACCACUGCUGAAUAGUGCCGGCUAGUCCAACAGAACAGUGCUGGUGGGACAUGUCACCUGAAUGUGUAUUGGGGUUUUUCUGUGAUAAAUAAAGAACAUAUAUUGUCUCGGAAA